AUGGUGGUUGCUGCUAUCAAAACCCUGAAGGAACGGAACGGAUCCUCCUUGCAGGCCAUCAAGAAGUACAUUGCUGCCAACUACAAAUGCGAUGUCGCCAAGCUUGCCCCAUUCCUGAAGAAGGCGCUGAAGAAUGGUGUCGAAAAGGGCAAGUUUGUCCAAACCAAGGGAACUGGUGCCUCCGGAUCGUUCAAACUGAAGGCUGAUGCUAAGAAGGCCGCCGGUGAAAAGAAAACGAAGAAGGCCGGUGAGAAGAAACCCAAGAAGGCUGCCGGAGAGAAGAAGAAGGCUGCCAAGAAACCAGCUGGAGAGAAGAAGGCCAAGAAGCCAGCCGGCGAAAAGAAAGCCAAGAAGCCAGCUGCAGCGAAGAAAGCCAAAGCUGCCGGUGCAAAGGCUGCCAAAAAGGCCGGAGGUGUAAAGAAGGCUGCUGCCCCGAAGCAAAAGGCCACCAAACCUUCGAAGACCGCCGCAAAGAAGCCAAAGACCCCAAAACCGAAGAAGGCUGCCCCAGCCAAGAAAGCUGCCGCAAAGAAGACCGCUGCCAAAAAGUAA